UAUCUGUAUGCUGCUGUUGCUGCGGUAGGUGGUUUUCUCUGUGGAUAUGAUACAGGAUCAAUAUCUGGCAUUAUUGCAUUGCCCAUCUUUCAAAAGCUAUUUUUUGUAAAAGAGUCUAUUGCAUUCUACGAAAGCAUCUUGCUUGCAUCCUUUUUGAUCACUUCCAUGGUGGGCGCCUUUGUUUCUGGAUACUUUUGUGAUGAAAUUGGCCGAAAAAACUCCAUCAUGUUUUCAUCCUCAUUGCUUUCCAUUGGAAUCAUGAUGGAACUGUCUGGAUUUAAUACCCAUAUCUUGCUGUCUGGAAGGCUUAUCGCCGGACUCGGUACCGGCUUGAUGACAAAUGCCAUUCCGCUCUAUCAAUCAGAAAUAGCUCCUUCAGACAUCAGAGGACGCUUGGUAAGCAUGUACACAUCUUUAUCGUCCUUUGGUAGGUUGGUUGGAUACAUUGUUAUAUUUUACAGCAGUUACUUUCAGUCCAACUGGGCAUGGCGUACUCCAUGGGCCGUUCAGCUCGUCCUGUCCAUCGCAUUCUUGGCGGCGUGCUCAUUGCUACCAUACUCACCUCGCUGGUUGAUCAGCCAAAAGAGAGAUGCUGAAGGCUUGGAAGUCUUGGGAAUUAUUUAUGAUCUACCAAAAGAUCACAGGAUCGUCCAAGAUGAAUAUACCAAAAUUGUCUCCCAGAUUGAGAUAGAGCAUAGAAUGGGCAGCGAUCAAACAUACGCUGAACUCUUCAGAGGGUCUAAUCUUAAAAGAACCUUGAUCGCGUUUUUCAUCUCUAUUGCGACUUGCUUUACUGGCAAUGUCGCCAUUUCCUAUUUUGCUCCAACUAUCUUCAAGAAUGCGGGUUUAGAUGAUGUAUCCAUUUCACUUGCCCUGACUGGAGGCGCUAGUUUGCUGUCGUUUAUUGCCAACAUGGUUUCAUUUAAGUGGUGGGUUGACACAUGGGGAAGACGCUCUUUAUUCUUGAUAGGAUCAGCUAUCUCAAGCAUCUGUAUGUUUACAGUAGGCAUUAUAUUCUAUACUCAUGCUGAAGUUACAAAUGGAGAAGUGGCUAUACCAAAUGCACAAGCGCGUUAUAUUGUUAUCCUUUGUAUCUAUCUCUUUUCAGCGUCCUUUGCUGCAACAUGGGAGAUAUGCACCUAUGUGUACACCGCAGAGGUGUUUAGUAUGAAAUAUCGUGCAAAAGGACUAUCACUUACAUACGCAAUAAGCUGGGCUGGCAGCAUCCUGAUCACAUAUACUAUACCCUAUUUAUUAUUGUACUCCAUCUCUGGUGUUUACUUUUUCUUUGGAAUAUGUUCUAUACUCAAUUUUAUCGGCGUAUGGUUUAUACCAGAGACUAAAGGCAAGAGCUUAGAAGAAAUAGACGCUAUAUUU